AUGCAGAAUCCCACAAAACCAUUCGAUCUUCCCGAUGAUAACGUUGCUUCUUCUUCUUCAACGAUUCGGAAUCCAAGAAUGGAAAUUGGUUCUUCUUCUUCUAGGAUUGUGAAUUCGAGAAGGCGAAUUUCUUUAUCUCUACGUAAACCAAGAAAUUAUUGUCCUGCAAGAGUUGGGAAAACCAUAAUUGAUCCAAACAAAAACCAUACGUAUCUUCUCAAAAAUGAAAUUGGUUCUUCUUCUAAUGGAGCUUGCCAUGUCUACAAAGCUCUGUUCUCCAAAUAUUCUACAAAAAACAGAGCACAUACUCCUUCUGGCCAUGUCACUUUGAAGGUCAUCAACAGAAUCGUAUUCGUAAACGAAAGCAAAGAGCUUCAACACAGUAUCAAUGUAUCGAAAGGUCAUAGUACUACAAUAAACAUAAUUGGAAUCAAGAAUAAUUUCAAUACUGAAGAAUUCAAAUGCGUUUCAUUGCCUUAUAUGUCACAUGGAUCACUCCGUUACAUUCUCUCUACUCGUCCUGAUAAAAAAUUGCCAGAGGAAUUCAUUGCUAUAGCUCUUAAAGAAGUACUUAUCGGUCUACAAGAUGAGCUUCAUCUUAAAAUUGAUUCAAGGGUUCAUAACACUUUAAAUGCUGGAGAUAUUUUUGUUGAUAUCAACAAUGCUAAUGGCGAAAUGUUGAUCAAAUUAGCAUUUGAAGCAUCAGUUUAUGACUCCGAAGACAUCAAUGUAGAGGAAAACUCAAAUGAAGAAGAAGAUAUUUCGCGAUCCCCUCCAUUUUUGGACCCGAAGAAAAUUGCUAUAUGGGGUGCUGCACCAGAGGGGGCGAUUGGACCAAAAUCUGAUAUUUGGCUAUUGGGAAUAACGGCAUUGGAAUUAGCUUACGGAGAAUUACCUGUGACGAAUAGUGAAGAAUUGAUUCAUAUAAUUAAAAAGAUAAGGAAGAAGAAGAGAUUUCCAAUAUCACUCGAAAAGCUGUUGAUCGUCAAGAAGGGAUGGAGAUUCAAGAAAACAGAGCAUAAUCUGUUUAAACAAAAGGUGUUUUCGGAAAAGUUUGAGAAGAUGGUUGUGAAAUGUCUUUCGAAGAAUCCAAGGAAGAGGCCAACUGCUAAACAGCUUCUGAAAAGUUCAUUCUUUAAAAAACAAAGGGAUAUCGAAAAGUUUAAGCAAUUUGUGUUGAAUACUGAGGAGAACAAUUGA